AUGGAAGUCUUCACCAGAGUUUUGGCCCAAGCUGAGAGCAAUGACGCAAUACAGGGAAUAAAUAUCUCAAGAAAAGCACCCCAAGUGACUUAUCUGCUAUUUGCAGACGAUUGCCUCAUUUUCGUCAAAGCAGAUAUGCACAAUGUUAAUAAUAUCCUAGAAAUUAUUAACAAGUUCAGUGUGAUUUCAGGGCAGCAAAUCAAUUUCCAAAAAUCGGCUUUCUCUAAACAUCUACCACCAAGACAUUGUAGAAUGCUCUUGAGAAGAUUAAAGAUGAAGCAGAUGUCAUUGGAUGAGAAAUACUUGGGGAUCCCUUUAUUUUUGAAGAGAAAGAAAACCUUAUCUUUUUCAUCAUUAGUAAACAACAUGAAAUCUCGACUCAAAAAAUGGAACGGGAAGUUCUUCAACCAAUCUGGAAGAUCAUUCAUGGUGAAGCACGUCCUCAAUGACCUGCCAUCGCAUCAUAUGGGGGUAUUCAAAAUCCCAGAGACCACUGUUCGCGAGAUGGACAAAGUGCAGAGAGACUACUGGUGGAAAAAACCACAAGGAGGAGGUGUCUACAUUACUAGAUGGCCAAAAAUGUGCAGAGAUUAA